UUUUAACAACUGGCGGGACUUCUUCACGUGCUGGUUGCCGAAGAGGUUGUUUACAGCUCUUGUAAAGUUGUUUGUACGCGCAGCGCUGAUAAAAGUCGUACACCAUGAUGGCCACAAACGGAAAGGAAGCAUGUGGGCUAGCAGGUGAUGAACUAUCGGUGUGUUCAAAUGGCAGCAACGAGGCUUUUGCUAACAAGUCUCACUCUCAUGUGGUAAACGGAGCAGCAACGGAGGCAUCGUCUAAUAACUCCAAGUUGCAGAACGGAGGGGCCGGAAAGGCGGAGGGGUUCUCCUUCAGCCCCAAGCCCACCAUUGAGGACAUUAGGCGGAUGCAGGCGGAGUUCACGGACGAGCGGGACUGGAAUCAGUUUCACCAGCCCCGCAACCUGCUGCUGGCUAUGGUCGGUGAGGUGGGCGAGGUAGCAGAGCUCUUCCAGUGGCGGGGGGAGGUGGCCGAGGGCCUGCCGGACUGGACCGAGUCCGAGCGAGAGCACCUGGCACACGAACUCAGCGACGUGUUGAUCUACCUGGUGGAGCUCGCCGAGAAAUGUCGCGUCGAUCUUCCCCAAGCGGUGCUUCGUAAAAUGGCUCUAAACCGACUAAAAUACCCGGCCAGCAAGGUGCAGGGAUCGGCCAAAAAGUACACUGAAUACAAGGACUGAGUUUGGGUGUUCAGAGAGGCAGAUGACAAUCAGGGAACGCUGGUUGCACUGAUUCCGGGUGCUGCUGUUCAUUCACUGACAGCAUGCUGCAGUUUAACUACGGCCUACUACUGAACAGUUUAUCAUCCGGUUUUAAUGUGUGUUGUUUGUAUUUUUUUUUUUCCUCCUCUGUCUUGACUUGUUACAUUACUGCUCAUAACCUUUGUGUGUGUGUUCUGUGAUCCACACGCUUUUGUCUUAUGCAAAGUCACAUUUAAUGGACAAGACACUUUCAGGAAUACUUUGUUGGCUUUUAUUGAUGUUAACUUUUAAAUCCUGUUUUUAGUCAGAUCUAAGUGAAUUUGAGGCAAUACAUACUCUUUUCAGAAAAUAUUACUGUUGUGCAGUGCCUCCGGGGAGUAUUUAGUGGAAUAUGUUUCUCACUGAACGUUUUAGAAGUUAUGGUUUGGCUCCAGUUUAGGAGUGUGACAGAGUGGAUUAGAGAGUUGAAACAUGAUUAUUGUCCCCACCAUCCUUGACAAAAGAGUAGUUGUGAAUUGAUUUUGUGCCAUCAUGUUUUGGAUUUAUCCUCAUUUGCCAUCAGGGUUGGAUCAACUCAUCUUCUGUUUUGUUCAUGCUGUCACAUUUCUUUCCUGAAGUAAAAGUUGCUUUAAUUCUG